AUGGUGAAUGGUACAGUUGAAGUUCGCCUAACACAAGGGGAUACGAUGUUCAUUGAAGUUGAAACAGAUGAAAAUCUACAUAAUACUGAAGCCAUCGAGAUUUAUGUCAAUGAAAAUUUAUUGACAGUACAAGAUCAUAACUGUCGUUACACGAAAAUGAUUGUGUAUGUUCAAUUUCCCGCAACAUACAAGUUGAAAAGUUUAACUGCCAACGGUACAGGACUUUUCGAAACAACUAAUGAAAUAUCUGCAAUUGACGGCCUAUUUACAGUAUCGUUUAACGGGACAAGAAAAGGACAUCUUAAAUUAUAUUCGGAAAAUGGUUUACAACUAACAAUGAAUGGAACAUCAGAGUUGACAAUUUCUGGCAUUGUUCACCAAUGGACUAAUAUUGAACAAAGUGGUACCAGUAAAUUAGAUGCAGAACAAUGUAAAAUGAAUCACGUAACGGCUGUUUUACAAGGUGUCAGUACUGCGUAUAUUGUGGCACAAGAUGAAAUUAAUGUGAAUGUACAAGGUGUUUCAUCUGUAUUCUAUCGUGGACCAUUAAACCAAGCAUAUGUUGGCGCUAUUACAUGCAAAGUUCAAGAAUUUUAA